AGAUGAGUCUGAAGAAGUCUCCUGAGGAAAUGAAGAGCAUUUUUGCAAAGUAUGCAGCCAAAGAAGGUGAUCCAGACCAGCUGUCAAAAGAUGAACUGAAGCUACUGAUUCAGGCGGAAUUCCGAAAUUUACUCAAAGGUCCAAGCACCCUAGAUGACCUCUUUCGAGAACUGGACAAGAAUGGAGAUGGAGAAGUUAGUUUUGAAGAAUUCCAGGUGUUAGUAAAAAAGAUAUCCCAGUGAAGGGAAAAAAAAAACAGUACCCCAAGCACCGAAAGAAGACGGCCUG